GUUUAAGAACCCAUUGUGGCCCUCGAGUCAAAAAGUUUGCCCACCCCUGGGUUAGAUGAUUCACAUGUUAUCCCUGUUAAUCCUAGCAAGAACAUACACGUGAGGAGCAUUAUUGGCCCCAUUUUACAGAUUGAAAAGCUCAAGUCAAGAUAUCUGGCUCAAAGUGGGACCCAUAGUCUGAUCUGAAGAGACUAACUUUAAACUCUGCCUUUUAGGUUACCUGUGAAGAUUACCUAAAACAUCAAGCUAAGCAGAAUAACUCCAAAAGGACCAUAAUUCAAGAGUUUCUGAUAUACAAUUGAACUCCGUGAAUACUGAGGGGGAAAAAUGAAUCAAAAUAACUUUUUUAUGUGGCUGCCUGAAGAAGUUACUUUACAGAUUUUCAGUCAGCUGGACAUUCAGAGUUUGUGCAGGGCUUCAAUGACAUGCAGGAGCUGGAAUGACACAAUAAGAAACAAUGACUUCUUAUGGAAACCUCAUUGCUUGGCUCUACGAGCUGUGUGCGAAAGAGAAGUAGAUGAUGAUCGGAAAAGCGGUUAUUCCUGGAGGCCCUGUCAAUCAGCUUCUCUGGUUUCAAAGAAACUCAACUCACCAGGUAGCAACCUACUACCUUCUGUGAUGAUGCUGGUUUACCUCUUUCAGGACACACUACUGAGGAAUUACCAGAAGAGUCAAGUAAAACAUGGAUGGCUAAGUGGCAAAUUCAGCAACAUAAAUUUGCCUACUCUCCUGUCAGAAACAACCAUGUGCCCAAUGGAUGCAGAAACGUGGGGGGAAAUUUUAGAUUCAGAACUGAGUAGAUCAGAGAUUAAAAAUGACGGCACAGUAAGUGGAUGCUACACUCCCAGGACCAAACUGGAAUGAUCCUAUCCUAUCUAAUAAUAGACAAACAUGGU